UGUACAAAUAUGGUCUUCAUGGAAGAGUCAUCAGAAGAAAACCUCUUCUAGGUCCUCACCACAAAAAUCAGCAUUUGAACUUUGCAAAUGAACAUAUAGACAAACCUGAUGCAUUUUGGAAACAAGUUCUGUGGACCGAUGAGGUUAAAAUUGAACUUUUUGGCAAAGGUACGUUUGGAGAAGGAGAACAGAAUUUAAUGAAAAGAACCUCUGUCCAACUGUUAAGCAUGGUGGUGCAUCAAUCAUGCUUUGGGGUUGUAUUGCAGCUAGUGGCACAGGGAACAUCUCACGAGUAGAAGGAAAAAUUAAUUCAAUAAAAUGUCAGCAAAUUUUGGAUGCUAACCUGAUGCCAUAAACUUUUGAUACCAUAAAAAAGGAAUAAAAAGCGAUCAAAAAGUCUGAUCAAAACAAAAAUGGUACUGAUUAAAACUUCAGAUCACGGCGCAAAAAAUUUACCCUCAUACUUUACCCUCCUACCGCCUCGUACGUGGGAUUUUCCUGCAUGUAGUUAUGAUUUUUUCCAAAAGUACGACAAAAUCAAACCUAUAUAAGUAGAGUAUCAUUUUAACCGUAUGGACCUACAGGAUAAAGAGAAGGUGUCCUUGUACUGAAAACUGUACUACGUAGAAACGGAAGCCCCCAAAAGUUACAAAAUGGCGUUUUUCUUCAAUUUUGUCGCACAGUGAUUUUUUUUCUGUUUUGCCGUAGAUUUUUGGGUAAAAUGACUAAUGUUAUUACAAAGUAGAAUUGGUGGCGCAAAAAAUAAGCCAUUAUAUGGAUUUUUAGGUGUAAAAUUGAAAGGGUUAUGAUUUUUAAAAGGUAAGGAGGAAAAAACUAAAAUGCAAAAACGGAAAAACCCUAAGGAGUUAAUGCGCCACCACUUAUGGGGUUAAUGCGCCACCACUUAUUGGCUGUUGCCUGGGAAACAAGUGGUACCCCCUCCCUCCUUUCCCAAGUACCAGCCAAUAAGCUGCAAUGCAUUUGAAUAAGAUGUUUUCCUUUUACCAUUUCCCAAUAAAAUAAACAAUCCCUGGAUCUCACUGACUGACAGUCCAUCUUACUUAUAUCAAUGAAUUGAAUUUGCCGAAGACGUGUGAAAUAGAAUUCUCCGACCACGACGACCUCCUCAACUUCAAACUAGUCAUCUGCCCCGAUGAGGUGAGUGCGGUUUUUUACAAAGGUGGAAAAUUCGUCUUCAGUUUUUAAGGUAAGUCAAGAUGUUACGUCGGUCAGGGCUACCCACACGAUCCGCCAAAAGUGAAGUGCGAGACGAUGGUAUAUCAUCCAAAUAUAGAUCUAGAGGGUAACGUCUGCCUAAAUAUUCUAAGGGAGGACUGGAAACCCGUUCUCACAAUAAACUCUAUUAUAUACGGCCUGCAGUAUCUCUUUUUGGAGCCAAACCCUGAAGACCCAUUAAAUAAAGAAGCGGCCGAAGUUCUUCAGAACAACAGACGCCUGUUUGAACAGAACGUGCAGCGGUCCAUGCGGGGGGGCUACAUAGGAUCCACCUACUUUGAACGCUGCCUGAAAUAGUUUUUGAUUUGUGAAGCCCGCCAUCCAUCUGACCCACCUGUCUCUGCCCAACCCCCCCCCCCGUCCUUCUAUGUUUCCUCCCAUCACCCAUUUAUCUAAGAGUCGCCCCAUUUUCAUUCUGCCCGCCACCACCAAAAAAAUAUCGUCACGCUGAGCUCCCAAUGUGGAUAGACCUAUGCAAGGUCCUGCGCCCGUCCCUUCUCCGCGAGGGGAACACCGUGCGCAAAUGUAACAUAGAUACUCACCGUGAUACCUCACCGCACCCUUCCUUCUGUAAUGGAGCGGCCAUAGUCAUUAUAAUUUCCUUAGGUUAAUAAUAAAUGUUCCCUGCCCUCAUUUUUAUUUAUUUUUCUUUGGCCCAUCAGGUUUUUUUAUUUUUGCUUUUUUUUUACCAUCUAAAAUAAUUCAGAAUUUACAGAGUUUGUAAUGAAGAAUUAUUUUUUUAUUUAAAUUUUUUUUGUUCCGUUUUUUCCUUAAUUUAAUCCACCAUAGGUCAUUUCAUCCUUUUUGGUGGCCUUAUGACUUUUUUAGUUUUUUUUUUUUCAUUAUUUGUUCUGUAAAUUCAUAAUUUUAUUUAAAAAAAAAAAAAGGGGGGGGGGGGGGAAAUGAUCAAAAAUUGAGCCCAGGAAGUUUUUUUUUUUUUUUGUUUGUAACCUCCACACUGUAUUAACACGCUCAGUUCCACAUGCUAUAGAGCAGUGUUUCCCAACCAGGGUGCCUCCAGCUGUUGCAAAACUACAACUCCCAGCAUGCCCGGACAGCCGUUGGCUGUCCGGGCAUGCUGGGAGUUGAAGUUUUGCAACAGCUGGUGGUAUUCUGGGUCAGAGGGAUAUUCCCAUAUGCUGGGAGUUGUAGUCUCGCAACAGCUGGAGGCACUCUGGUUGGGAAGCACUGCUAUAGGGGAUGCACAGCGCUCCGUUGCCGGGGGGCUUUAUGUAGGACCGCACCACGUAUAGACCCCAACACUGUUUACUUGAGGCCUUUUUUUUUUUUUUUUUUUUCGGGGGGGUCGAAUGGCUUGUACUACCACAAGCUCAGCUGAGCCGUCUUUGUUAUUGGUAUAAUGGGGAACAGUGAGAGUAAGACUGUCCUCCUGCGACCUUCUGUGUAUUGUCUUAGUCCCCAUGACAGUCCACAUCCUCCCCGUCCCUUCCUCUGUGCGGGAUCAAAGGCUUUUUAAGUGCACAUAUUUAUUAUGGAAUGGCUUCAGUCGGGUUGAAUAGAUGAACCCGGGGGGUUGACCGGAUCCUAUAACCCCCGACUGGCAUUUCCACCUUCCAUAUGAGGAAGCUUUAUGGUGUCCUUGGGUGGCGAUGGGCUCUGUAACUCAUCAGGGUUAACAAGGACCUGAUUAGUUUAAACAGGUUUUAAAGGCCAAUAUCAUGGUGCCCCUCCUCCCCCCCACCUUCUUUGUGGCAGCCGUGCCUGCGCCCUGAUCUGUACUUCAGCGUGUGUGGGGGGGCAGGGGGCGCCUCCUUUGUUUUGUUUUUUUUUGUUUUUUUUUUUCAUUUUAAGGGGCUCAUUCUCAAAACUUGUUAACUUUUUGGAGAUUACGGUGCAGUGAUGGGUACGUCGGGUUUUGGGAAUGAGGCUCUUGGAGUCACUUAUUGAUGUGUAUGGUUUUAAAUAAUAAAACAAAAAGACAAAAAAUAAAUAAAAUGUAAACCUGA